GCAGUCCAGUUGGUUGGCAUUAUCUGGGUAAAAAGACAUUUUUACCCUUUGUUGCUCAUAUCCAAAAGCCAAAAACUUACUAUUGAAGACAGGGCUUUCAUAUCUCUCAUUUUAUCACCUGUACUUUGGGUCUAAACAGAGGGUUUGAGAGAAGAGUGAGGUACCUCUCUCCGGCGGCUCACUCCAGUGGAACUAUUGCGUAAAGACCAAGGAGCCGACUGUCUUGCUCGCCGAUCGUUGAAAACCCGCGACAGGAGAUUGAAAGGGUUGAAUCAAGUUGUGGUUGGGGUUGGUUUGCAAGUUUCUUACAAUCUUGGUGAUUUGAGAGCUACAGUGGAUGGUUUGAUAAGCAAGCAUAAGACUUAGGGUAUGAGGAGUGUCAGUGUUGCAUUGGAUAUGAAGGCUAUUUCGGCAUGGUCCGGUGGAGGGUAUGGACUGAGAGGGAUACAGAGGAGUGGUACACCACAGAUUGGAAGCGGGGGAAAGGCGAAGGAGGUGCUGUGGCAGAGAAUGAGUACCUGUAUGGAUCAAUUGCAUUCGAUUGUGGUCGCAGUUUGGCAUUUGCAGAGGGUUCUUUCAAAGAAGAGAGACCCGUUUCCGCAUAUGUUGCUGCUUGAUGAGGUCAUGCAGGAAGUUGAUCCAAUGUUAAUAGAUCAUGUUUGGGAGGCUCUUGUGAAAUCCUUUGCAAGCCAAAUGAAGUCUGCUUUCACUGCAUCAAGCUUUGUGAAAGAGAUAUUUACUGUUGUGUAUCCAAAGCUAUACUCCAUGAUAGAGAAUCUUCUAGAAAGAAUUUCAGGUAACACAAAUGUCAAAGGAGUUUUACCUGCUAUAACCUCGGAAGGAAAAGAUCAAAUGGUUGCUGCCAUUGAAAUAUUUCAGACAGCUUUCUUGGGCCCUUCUUGAGUCGCCUAUCAGAUCUUGUUAAUACUGUGUUUCCAGUGUCAAGUCGUGGAAGUGUACCCUCCAAAGAACAUAUAUCUAGAAUUAUAUCACGCAUUCAGGAGGAAAUUGAAGUUGUUCAGCCAAAUAGGCGCUUGACUCUUCUUGCCUUGCGUGAAAUCAGCAAAGUUCUGCUUUGCUUGCUGAGAGAGCUGAAUACUAGGUACUUCCUUUUUUAGUUUUAUCAAACAGGAUUACUACUAUUUGUAGCAAUUAAUGUUUUAGCCUCCUCAUCCUUUGCAAGGCAUUAAGUUCUUACCCCUUUAAUUCAAUUCUCCUUGGAAGAGUUGAAUCCAUGACCUUCCCUAAGGACCAAACUCUUAGGAAAGUCAUGCUAGCCAACUAGGCUACACCUAGUUGGUUUUUUUACUUUGGGACUUGCUUGAUGAAUAUAGUAGGGCAGUGGGAUGAAAAUCCUCUUCUCUUUUUUCUUG